GCCACUUCAGUAGACUUGACUGCUGCAAUUAAGUGGAAGUACAGAAGAGAAGAUGGUUUUCUUUGCGACCGUGCUCCUGCUCUGUUAUCUGUGUGGAGCAGAGCUCAGUGACGUCUCUCAGCCCGUUUCGGUGCGAACGCUGAAGCUCGGAGAAUCAGCAACCAUCGAAUGCGUCUUAAAGAGUAUAAUUGAUAAGAGAGUGUGGUGCAAACUGACAGCAGAGAGAAGACUGCAGGUGGUUGCGACUUAUUCUUCUCGCUACAAAUGGAUUGUAGUUGAUGAACUGAAGCAUCGCUACUCAGUAAAUUCCAAUAAUCACCUGACCAUAUCAGCAGCGUCUUGGGACGAUGCUGGAACUUACUUCUGUGGAGUUCUGCGGGUAGAUGACAUUGAGUUUGGGUCGGGAACCUUGUUGAUGCUGCAAGGUGUGAAGCUGAACCACUCAGUGGUCCAGCCGCCAAAAUCCCUGUCGGUCGGGUCGGAGGGCGCCGUGACUUUCAGCUGCACCUUCCACGCAGCUCAGUGCACGGCAGAGGACACCGGGGUCAUGUGGCUGAAAACCUCUCAGCGUUCCUCUCCAGAAGUCAUUCACGUGUCUCGGAAAACAGACGACUCCUGUAAGAGGACCGAGCGCGGAGAAACGACCUGCGUGCACGAGCUCCUCGUCAGAGACGUCGACUCUGACGGAGGGGGAACCUACUACUGCGCCGCCGCCGUGUGCGGACAGACACAGUUUGGAAACGUGUCCAUGGUUUUUAACAGUGGGCUGAAUCCAACCGUUGUUGUACUGGUGACGUCAAACAUCAUUUUUGGAAUCACGACUCUCCUCCUUUCCUGGGUGCUUUGCAGAUCCCGGAGAAAAGCUUCUGCUGGGGCCCCUAAUAGAACUUUUCCUGAUCAGGUGAGCUCAUCUUUUCACGUUAUGCUAUAUGUAAAUUCAAAUGGUUAUUUCACACAAGCGCCUCUUACAGACUGCAGAAUCCGUCGUCUAUUCGAGUGUGUCUUCGCCCCACCGAAGCGUCGAUUGCCGGUCGUCCACAGUGACGUACAGCAAUGUGGUUUAUUCUGACAUCAGAAGCUGAAGAACAGAACCAUCUUGGACUAAAGACAAAGCAGAGAUACUGAAUAUUGUUGAAGAUAUGUCUUGAAUUAAUGUAUUGUAUAAUAAUAAUGUUAAUAGUAAAGCAUAACUGAUAAAGAUAGCAACGGAAAAAUCAAUAAUGUCAUAGAGAGGGUGAUAAUUAAACAUCUGUUGUGAUCUGUUGUGCAUUGACUAGUACAGCAAUCUCUAUGGAAACUCUGAGAUGGCCUGCCGACCUGUCUACGAUAUCAUCCUGGACACCCUCUUACACUCUUACCCCAAUGGGAUAAGGGUGUACGAAAAUGGAUGGAUGGAUGGAUCACUAUGGAAACUAAACCUGUUGAUGUUUUGUAUCAUGUUUGUGUUCUAACACUAUGAUUUAUAUGUGAAAGUCCUACAAAGUUUUGCCAUUGUUGUCUUAAAGCGUCAGACAAGGACAGUGUGAAAAGUGGCCGUGGAGUUGCAAGGCAAUGUAAGGCUGUCGAGGAGACGGCAUGGAUGGGAAGGAACAGAAAGGGAUAGAACAUGAGGAGACACACACACACACACACACACACACACACACACACACACA